AUGAGGGAGAACCGAAUCCUCGUCCCCACCACCGUCCCCAUCCUCCUCAUGCCUCCCCCGAGGGUCCGGCUUCCCGCGGGCGCCCGAGGCCCCCACCCUGCGGGCGGGAGGAGGCGGGGAGGUGGCGGCGCCCGCCGGCGCCGUGAGUCAGGCUGGGCUGCAGCCGCGCGGCCGGCCUGGCGCUGCGGAGGGAGCGCAGGAGCGGGGACAGCGGCGCCGCCAGCCCCGCGUGCUCCCCCCGCCGAGGCUGGGCCGCCGGGACGCGGAGCGCCGGGACAGACAGCGAGCCGCGGCCGGCGGAAGGACGCGCGGACCGCGGCGCAGGGGUUGGCCCGCCCGCCAAGGAGUCGCCAGCAGGCCCAGGGCCCCGGCCAGUGCCCAGCCUCGCUGGGAGCCCCGGCCAGCACCACGGACGGCGCCCAGGAAGCCCGAGUCCCCCUGGACGGGGCCUUCUGGAUUCCAAGGCCCCCGGCAGGCUCACCCAAGGGUUGCUUUGCCUGCGUGUCCAAGCCCCCGGCCCUGCAGGCUCCGGCGGCCCCGGCCCCCGAGCCCUCAGCGUCGCCCCCCAUGGCGCCCACCCUGUUCCCCAUGGAGUCGAAGAGCAGCAAGGCGGACAGCGUGCGGGCCUCGGGCGCCCCCCAGGCCUGCAAGCACCUUGCCGAGAAGAAGACCACGACGAACCCCACCACGGUCAUCGAAGUCUACCCGGACACCACCGAGGUCAACGAUUACUACCUGUGGUCCAUCUUCAACUUCGUCUACCUCAACUUCUGCUGCCUGGGCUUCAUCGCGCUGGCCUACUCCCUCAAAGUGCGGGACAAGAAGCUUCUCAAUGACCUGAACGGAGCAGUGGAAGACGCCAAGACGGCCCGACUGUUCAACAUCACCAGCUCGGCCCUGGCGGCGUCCUGCAUUAUCCUCGUCCUCAUCUUCCUGCGGUACCCGCUCUCCGACUACUAGGGCCUGCCGGGCCCCGCCAGCCGUGGAGACAAAGCACUGAGACAUGUUCGUUGUCACGCCUGCUGUGACACAAGAUGCUGUGUGGUUGGGGCAGUUCAGGGCAUGUGCCCUGGAGCCCCCCUAAAGCUGUGACCUGGGCAGCGAGGCCAUCAGAAGCUCUGCGCACUACGGGGGCGGGAGCUCGGGGCCAGCCCACCCUCUCUGCCUCCUGACCCUCCGCCUCUGCCCGUGUCUGGGGUCUGUGCGGCUGCACCCUGGCUUCCACUGGCUGCCCUCCCUGGCCUCCUGUGCCCCCCCCAAGGCUCCUGGGGCCCCUCUGACCUGACACCUAGCAAGAAGGGCUUCUGUGGGAGCUUCCCAGUUUGGGGGGUGCUGCCAGCCUCUGGGGACUCACUCUGUCUGCCCUGACCCCACCCCUCCGAGCUGUGACCCCGCUCGAGCUCUGUGUCUGUGAACUGUCAAUAAAGUCCCUGUCUGGCCCC